CACAAUAAUAUUUCUAUUUUCCAUUGCAUGUUUCUCUUGCAUAUUCAACACACCUAAAUUCUUAUCAAUGGAAUUGGAACCAACCAAAUUCAUAUUAUCAUUUCUAUUCUUAUUACUAGCCUCUAAAUUCUUCACUACAGAAUCAAAAUGUAGCAAAACAUGUGACACAGCUUUAGCUUCUUAUUAUCUAUGGUAUGGUUCAAAUCUAACCUAUGUUUCAAAAAUCAUGCAAUCCAACCUUGUUACAAAACCUGAAGAUAUUGUCAGUUACAACACAGACACAAUCAAAAACAAAGAUAUGGUCCUAUCUUACACAAGAGUGAAUGUUCCAUUCCCUUGUGAUUGCAUCAAUGAUGAGUUUCUUGGUCACACAUUUCAGUACCAUGUUGGAACAGGUGAUACCUAUAUGUCUGUUGCUAAUAGGAAUUACUCCAAUUUGACAACUUCUGAGUGGUUGCAUAGCUUCAAUACCUAUCCAUCAGAUAAUAUUCCUGAUACUGGAACUCUUAAUGUUACUGUUAAUUGUUCUUGUGGGAAUAGUCAUGUUUCUGAGGAUUAUGGUUUGUUUAUUACUUAUCCUCUUAGAAUUGAGGAUUCUUUGGAAUCGAUUUCGAAUAAGACUAAAGUUGGUGCUGAGUUGCUGCAGAAGUAUAACCCUGGUGUGAAUUUUAGUCAAGGGAGUGGUUUGGUUUAUAUUCCUGGGAAAGAUGCAAAUGGUAACUAUGUGCCUUUUCACACGAGCACUGGAGGUCUAUCAGGUGGAAUUAUCACUGGAAUAUCUCUUGGAGCAGUAGCAGGGCUAGUGCUAUUAGGAAUUUUUAUUUAUAUUACAUGUUACCGGAAGAAGAAACUGCAGAAUCAAGAAUUUCUCUCAGAAGAAACCAGCGCGAUCGUUGAAGUCUCUGGUAAUGCUACAUAUGGAACUUCAAAUUCUCUGAGUCCUGCUAAUAUCAUGGGCAUUAGGGUGGAAAAAUCAGGGGAGUUUUCGUAUGAAGAACUAGCGAAUGCUACGAAUAACUUCAAUUUGGCUAACAAAAUCGGUCAAGGAGGUUUCGGUGAAGUCUAUUACGCCGUGUUGAAUGGUGAGAAAGUUGCAGUAAAAAAGAUGGACAUGAAAGCAUCAAAAGAAUUUCUUGCUGAGCUUAAGGUGUUGACGCGUGUUCAUCACUUGAACUUGGUACGGUUGAUUGGAUAUUGUGUUGAAGGAUCGCUUUUCCUUGUGUACGAAUACAUUGAUAAUGGAAACUUAAGUCAACAUCUUCGCGGUUCAGAUGGAGAACCUUUGUCAUGGACGGCGAGGGCUAAAAUUGCUCUGGAUUCAGCAAGAGGUCUUGAAUACAUUCACGAGCAUACCGUGCCCACUUAUAUUCAUCGUGACAUAAAGUCCGAAAAUAUUUUGUUAGACAAAAACUUCUGUGCUAAGGUUGCAGAUUUCGGAUUAACCAAGCUGAUUGAUGCGGGAAGUUCAUCAGUUCCUACUGCUAAUAUGGCAGGCACAUUUGGUUACAUGCCACCAGAAUAUGCAUAUGGUAGUGUUUCUUCCAAAAUAGAUGUAUAUGCUUUCGGAGUUGUUCUUUAUGAACUAAUUUCUGCUAAAGGAGCUGUGAUAAUGAGAGGUGAAUCUGGUGCCGAUUUAAAAGGCCUUGUAGUUUUGUUUGAUGAAGUUUAUGAUCAACCAAAUUCAAUAGAAGGUUUUAAAAAACUGGUGGAUCCUAGGCUUGGAGAUAACUAUUCAAUUGAUUCAGUUUUAAAGAUGGCACAACUUGCAAAAGCAUGCACAGAGAGUGAUCCACAACAUCGUCCAAAUAUGAGCUAUGUUGUAGUUGCUCUGACUACAUUAACUUCAACAACUGAGGAAUGGGAUAUCACUUCUAUAUACAAAAAUCCAAAACUUGUAAAUUUAAUGUCAGGAAGAUAGAUAUCAUAUGAGUAGGAAUUUAGAAUAGAAAUGUUAACAAUGAUUGCUCAAUCCAUCUCCAAAAAUACAAUGAUUGCUCAAUCCAUCUCCAAAAAUAAAAAGCGGCAUUUUUUAAAAGUUUUUAGAUGUAUUGUUUUUUCUGUUUAGACAAAUAGGUAAUAAUCACUAGAACAUGAAACACACAACUUUGAAGUCUUGAGUUCAAAAUUGAAUGAUAGUGUCUGUUCCAGGCCGGCCAAACGGUCUAGCAAGACCGAUCCAACGCCAAAGACCUGAUCAAGAACACCCUCAUAGAAGAUUGGUGGACAGGUGGCUGCAAACCUAGUCUAAGCAACUUGUUCACCAUCAGCCAUAGGAUCCAAUCCAACGGUCUCCACACUUCGCGAUGUGCUAUUGGGAAGCACCUCCAUUCCAAUGUACCGGAGAUCAACACUACCGCAUCGGAGAGCUUUGCAUUGACAUGUGAUCAAUCUUCUAUUUGACACCGGAAUGGUAACGCCGUCUGUGGGAAACAAUUGCUCGACUCUCAGAAAUUUUACGUCAAAUUCAUCAAUUCCUUUCUGUUGCCCCAUUGCAUGGCAUCUCGACUUAAUAUCAGUCCUGCGACUGAAAUCACCACAUCGAUUUCAACCCUCGUCACCUUGCCACCUUCCAUCGUCUCCUCGAUUACUAAAGGAUUAUCCUGCCUGGUAAAACCGUUUAGAAGACCCGUGAAGAGAAGAGCUCGAGAUCAAAAUCGAAUGAUAGAAAGGAAGGGCCGAAAUACAAAAGACCAAUUCUAUGGUUUUAAUGUAAAGAAAAAGUGGUCGGUAUCCCCAACAAAGUGAUUUCGUUGGUGAUAAUGACCAAGGUAUUGACGGGAAAGUUUAUGUGACAUUAUGUGCGCUAGUCUCUUUGCCAUUCUCUUGGAGGAAUUGGGAUUAGAUAAAGGAAGAUUAUGACCUUACAAAGGCAUAAAUCUGCAAGCGUUCAACGAUUCCAUUAUUCAUACUGGGAGGUUGGAGCAGUAUAGAACUAAUAGUCUCUUUAGAAGAAGGAAGGGAUGUAAGAG